AUCUUUGGUCGACACCCAGGCAGAGCAUUCGCUGCGGAAUCAGAGGGAACCGGAGCCGAGCCGACCGGAGGAGGGCUGUGAUUUUGUAGCACGGGUGCUCUCCUGCAUUUAAAAUAACCCCCUCCCCCCCCCCACCGGUCUGUGCUAAAGGGGAUUACAAGAGGCUGAAGGGGGAGGAGGAGGAGGAGAGGCAGGGCAGCCUCUCUGAAGACGGCAGCAGCAGUUGUCCGGAGGAGGAUGCAGGCAUAAAGAGGAGGAAAAGCCGAAGCCUUUCCGACACCUACCGUGGGCCUUUCAUCCUCCUUUGUGUGGAUGCUCUUUACAUCCCUUCUUCUCUCCCACUUGUAAUUUUCUGGUGGUGGCGGCGGUGGGGGGGGGUUCGGGGGACGAAGGGGGCCUCCACUGGAUUGUGGAACAAAAAGCUUCUUCAGGCCUCUUUUUUUUUUUUUUUCCUCCCCACUCGGAGCUGCUGCUGUUUUUUUUUUUUUUUUUUUGGCAAUCAGCUGAGUCAUCAUGUCUGAUCUGACGCCCCAGAGCGAAACCCCCACCCCCACCACGGACAAGAUCACCCAGGCCGCCCGGGAGACCAUCUAUCUCUGCAACUUCCGCGUGUCUGUGGAUGGCGAGUGGCUCUGCCUCCGCGAGCUCAACGACAUCUCGCUGACGCCGGACCCAGAGCCGGCCCAUGAAGAUCCCAAGGAUCCCAUCGCCAUCGAGCGGCUCAACCUGAUGAACAUGGCCAAGCUGAGCAUCAAGGGCCUGAUCGAGUCCGCCCUCAACCUCGGGCGCACGCUGGACUCGGACUACGCGCCGCUGCAGCAGUUCUUUGUGGUGAUGGAGCACUGUCUGAAGCACGGCUUGAAAACCAAGAAGACCUUCCUGGGGCAGAACAAGUCCUUCUGGGGGGCGCUGGAGCUGGUGGAGAAGCUGACGCCCGAAGCGGGAGAGAUCACCGCCAGCGUGAAGGACCUGCCCGGCCUCAGAACCCCUCUGGGAAGAGGGCGGGCCUGGCUGAGACUGGCUUUGAUGCAGAAGAAGCUCUCUGACUACAUGAAGACCAUCAUCAACAGAAAGGACCUGCUCAGUGAAUUCUACGAGGCGAACGCGCUGAUGAUGGAGGAGGAGGGCGCCGUCAUCGCCGGGCUGCUCGUCGGACUAAACGUCAUCGACGCCAACCUGUGUAUGAAGGGGGAGGACUUGGACUCUCAGGUGGGCGUGAUUGAUUUCUCGAUGUACCUUAAAGACGGAGGGCACAGUAGUAAGAGUGCAGAGGGCGACGGUCAGAUCACGGCGAUUCUCGAUCAGAAGAACUACGUGGAGGAGCUGAACAGACACCUGAGCGCGUCGGUGAAUAACCUGCAGGCCAAGGUGGACGCUCUGGAGAAGUCCAACACCAAGCUCACAGAGGAGCUCGCCGUGGCGAACAACCGGAUCAUCACUUUACAAGAAGACGUGGAGCGAGUGCAGGAGGAGAGCUCGUAUCAGCUGGAGUCCAGGAAGGCACCAAGAAGCGAGUCGGCGCCGGAUGGACACGUGCUGGGCGAAACACGCAAGCAGCUCAAAGAGGAAACUCUGCUUCGCUUGGACGUGGAGAAGGAGCUGGAGGUGCAGAUCGGGAUGAAGCAGGAGAUGGAGCUGUCCAUGAAGAUGCUGGAGAAGGACGUCUGUGAGAAGCAGGACACUCUGGUGGAGCUCCGGCAGCAGCUGGAGGACCUCCGCGUCAUCAACCAACAGCUGAGCCACAAGUCACAGAGCGCCGACGCCGGCUCCAAACAGAAGAGUGAAGCCAUCGCCCGCCUGGAGGAGAAGAUCAACCAGAUGAGUGGCACCGUGAAGCAGAUGGAGACCAGAUGCAAACAGGCUGAGAGGGAGAGGGGUCUGGCUUUGGAGGCCAACCGGCUCUUCAAGCAGGAGUUUGGGGAUAAAAUCGAGAGUCUGCAGGUGGAGGUGGAGCAGCUGCGGAAGCACAGGUCCCAGCUGGAGCUGGAGCUGAGAAAAGAGCGAAGGGGCGAGCAGCAGCAUCAGCAGCAGCAGCAUCAGCAUCAGCAGCAUCACCACGGCGACGGCCCGUCGGCACAGUCCGGCGUUCCCCGGAGGGAGGCGAGGCUCCCAGAGGACAUACCCACUCCCCUGUUUCACUCCCAGCGCGUCCCAGCAUCUGUGUCGGUCAAAAGGGAGAGCGAGCCGUUCAACACGGGAGCAGAGGACAAAACAAGUCUGAGCUCCAGCCUGUCCUCGAGGUCACAUCAUGAGGACGAACAGGACGAGAACUCUGAGGAGAUCGGUCGGCCUUCCAUCUGCAGCAUGUGUGAACAGGACGAAUCCCUCACCAAGACAAAGAGACGCUGCAAGAACUGCGACGGCGUGUUCUGCGAGGGCUGCGUGUCCAACGAGCUGCCGCUGCCCUCCUCCAUCCUCCCCGAGACGGUGUGCAGCGCCUGCUACUCGCUGCUCCUGCAGCAGUACGCCUCCACGCCCACAUGAGCGCGCCGCCAACACGCACUUUUCCUUUGCCUUCGGGGGACUUUAUGAGUCCUGCGGGUUCUGGACUGGACUAACUCCCGGUUAGUGAAAUGCAAACUCUCUCUCUCGCCGCUUGGGGAGCCGUUUGGAUGCAGGUUUUCUUCCGUUUUCGUACGCUGUGAAGCUUCCCUCCUGCCUGAAAAUGUGCGUUUUAGCUGCUUGAGUGAAAACCCGCAUUUUUAAAAAAAAUGGCUUCUGACGGCAUAAAAAAAAAGAGAACUUGGAUCAUCUCACUUGUUUAAAAAAAAAAAUGUCCACUAAGUGGAUUGUCAAAUUAAAAGUGUCAAUAUAUUUUUUAAUGAUUUAGUUUUAAAAGAUGAAAAACUGGAAACUAUUAAUCAUAUACAGAUGAGUAUAUGGAGAAUCCUUCAGGUGAAGCAUGAUAUCGUUCUCUCUCCAAGUGGCUUCUGAUGCUCUUAGAAACCCAACAUCCCCCUUUGGACCCUUGGGAUGUUCUAUUAAACUAUGAAAGCAAACGUGUGAUUGCAUUUUGUAAAGGACUGCAGUCAAACUGCGUUUUACACACUGUACUAAUGUUAAAGCAUAAAUAUAAAUAUAUAUUGGUGGUGGACCCAGAGUAAUUCAUUCUAAACAUUGUAAAACUAAUGCAGCAGUUAUUAUUAAUAACAGAAAAACAAUGUUAUGAUCCGACUACAGUUUAUCAGUAUCAGCUCAUUAUUUACUGAACAGGGGGGCAAAGAGCUCAAAAUAUUUGUUCCUUAAGUUUACAAAGCUACAAAAUGCUCUGGGUAAAAUGUGCAUUCUAUAAUAUUUACAUCAUUUGACAAAGAACACUUUGUCCCAUCAGUCUGGUUGAUUGUAAACUUUUGAAAUGCACGGCGCUCUGCUGACUGGCUUCAGGUGUGCACACGCAGAUUUAUUUUAAUGUUUUAUUGACUGAUAUGAAGAAUAGUUAGAAGCUCAGUCAUCCUCGUUGAAGCUGAUUAACACGCCAGAUGGAAAUGCUUCGUAUAUCAACAAUAAACUUUUAGAUGUC